ACACAUUAUAAAUAUAGCCGUCAGUCAGAAAAUGUUACUCUUAGCCGCAUAGCUCAGGAUAUUGUUUUAGUGCUAAUGUAGGUUUGGUAGUGGUUGAGGCAACCGUACUACAGAGACUUCGUUAAUCAGUGACUAUGGCUUUUGGAUUUGUUUCAGGAGGGCUUUUUCUCCUGUGUGCAGUAGCUUGUGCACUGCGUGGCUCUAAAAAUGCACUGCAGCAGUCCUCCAGACUACCACAAGCUCCCACUGUGGUCGAAUGCAAGGCCCAAUCCCUGGUUGUGUCGGUAGACAUACCACCUUCUGGCAGUGGGCCGCGUUUUGAGGCCAUUGGUGCGUUGUGUGGUUUUUCUCUCUCGGAGCGCUAUGGGGCUCAGUGUGGUUACACUUACUCUGUCCAGCCUUUGCUGGGUCAUGUUGAUCUCAGAGCAUCAUACUUCUCCUGUCACACAGGAAAUCAGAAUGAUGAGGUCUUCACCUUCAUGUUUGGGGUGUUCACUAUUGAUGAGAGCGGGAAAGAGUCAUUUUUCAAUGUCUCCAAGACUUGCUCUGUUCCUCCUUUCUCUCCGAGGGUGGUUACUUGUGAGGCGAACUACAUGGAGGUGUUUGUGAGAACUGAUCUACCUUGUCCUGCAGCUGGCACUAUUAAAGACUUCUCUGCAGCUUUAGCUUUGGCCCAAAGUUCAGCUGUUGAGGCCUGGCAGGUGAUGCUACAAAAAGAGGGCCAGCAGCCUGAGGUAAUGUCGGUUGAGGAUGCUGCUACUCUGGGCUACAUCAUAAUGGUCACACCUGGCAGACUUGUAUUUCGAACAACCUUUGGACAAGUCCAUGCUUCUGUUAAAAUGGUCAAUGGUGCAGCAGUUGAAGUGAUCCAAGCCACAGUCUUUUUCAGACAGAACUGGAUGGUGGUCAUGGUGGACCUGGUUGCUACCUGUUCGCUGGUUAAAGGCUCUUCUGAUGAUUCCAGACUUCACUGGAGGACCCCUGCAGAAAGGACUCCUCUGGCUGUUGGACCCUCUGAGUUGAGGGGCGGAGUACAUGGGCAUGGGAAAUCACCUUCAGGAACCUGGAGGAGCCCUGCAGAAAGGACUCCUCUGGUUGUUGGCCCCUUUGAGUUGAGGGGAGAGUGCAUGGGCGUUAGUGGUGGGGUUGUGGGUGAAUGGGCUGUGACAGACCGUGGCUACUCUGUAACAGUUGGUAAAGAGACCGUAGCAAAUGGGUUCCCCUCUGUUGCUGAGGGAGGAAUACGAAAGAACCAGCAGGGUGUGGUGACCAAGCCUAAUGUGGUCCGGCAGAUGGCCAAUUCACCAGUUUCUCGUCCUCCCCUUUCAGUUAACCAAUCGCCUUCAGGAACCUGGAGGACCUCUGCAGAAAGGACUCCACUGGCUGUUGGAACCUCUGAGUUGAGGGGAGAGUGCAUGGGAGUUAGUGGUGGGGUUGUGGGUGAAUGGGCUGCGACAGACCGUGGCUACUCUGUAACAGUUGGUAAAGCAACUGUAGGGAGUAGUAUCCCCUCUGCUGCUGAGGGAGGAAUAAGAAAGAACCAGCAGGGUGUGGUGACCAAGCCUAUUGUGGUCCGGCAGAUGGCUACUCCACCAGUUCCUCGCCCUCCCCUUUCAGUUAACCAAUCACCUUCAGGAACCUGGAGGAGCCCUGCAGAAAGGACUCCUCUGGUUGUUGGACCCUCUGAGUUGAGGGGAGAGUACAUGGGCAUGGGAGUUAGUGGUGGGGUUGUGGGUGAAUGGGCUGCGACAGACCGUGGCUACUCUGUAACUGUUGGUAAAGAGACUGUAGCAAAUAGGUUCCCCUCUGUUGCUGAGGGAGGAAUACGAAAGAACCAUCAGGGUGUGUUGACCAAGCCUAAUGUGGUCAAGCAGAUGGCUUCUCCGCCAAUCCCUCAAACAAACCUUGAAGAGAGUGUCUUCCAGGUCUACCUGGGUAAUAUUCCUUCUGAUGUGGAACUGGUGUCUGUUGAGCUGAAUGGGCAGGAGAUCUCUGUAUUGACUGCCGCACAGAUGGGGUACUCCAUCUCCAGAGUCUCAGAAGGCAACGAUACCUUUGCGUACAUCAUUAGGGUUCCAUUUGAUGACCAAUCUGUUGUAAAGCAGCUGGCUUUUGAGUACUCUCUGGAAAUUAAAUGGACUUUGAACAUCAGGCCUCAGAUGGAGGCCUAUUACCACUUGUCUUCCGUGUCUGCUUUAGUUGUUGAAGCCUUACCUCCAGUGUUUGAUGGCAUGUGUACUGAAAGUGGCAUAAGCUUCAAGAAGGACCAUCAGCAGUAUGACUACUUGUGGGACAUUGCCAUUGGGUCUUACACCCUGACCCCACAGCUGGCAUCGGCGCGUGGCUACAUCCUGACCAAUGACAGCACCACAUUAAUAUUGGCUGUGCCUCUGUUUACCAUUGGAUACGUCUAUGAGGAUAUUACUCUGCAGCAGUUCUAUGGCACUUUCAAACUUAUCUUCAGAAAUGCUAAAACCCUGGAAAUUGAGCAGUCCUCAGCCAAACGCUGCCUCUUCCAAACCACAGAGCUUUUGGGUAAUGUAAUGGCCGGUGUGAUGACUAUAGUGACCGACAUCACUAAAGUGGUACCUUCUGCUGAUCCUGCAAGAACCACACUAUUGGACCAAAGCUGCAGACCCCAAGAAACUGAUGAGACCAGAGUCCUCUUCUCUUUUGGUCUCAACACUUGUGGGACUAGAUUUCAGAUUGAUCAGCAGUAUGUGACCUAUGAAAAUGAGAUCGUAUUUCAUGAGUUGUAUUCUACGGACAGCAGGCCAGUCAUCACGAGAUGCUGCAUUCAGGUAUUGACCAUGAGGUGCAUUUACCCAGUACAUGACACUGAAAGCUUUUUUGUGGACCAAAAGUUUAGAGCAGAGACCCCUGGAAUUGGACAAAUCAAGAACCCUGUGAAGGUUCCUCCCCAAAUGCUUAAGCCCAUGCAACUGCCCAAACAAGCCAUUAUGAAGCCCUCUUUUCAGGGAUCUGUUGCAAGGAAACCAACUGAAUAUUUAAGAGUGGACCAGUUGAGUGCGCCCCAAGACAAAUAUGCCCAGCGUUCACUAGGUGCCUAAUGGAGCCUUCUAGAUUCAACGAACUUGCAUCUUAAGCAUUUGUCUUGUGCUGCAUGAAAU